UUUAUUCCGUGUAGUCAAAGUCUGAAUUAGCCAAGAAUCAAGAAGAUUGGAUAAAACAGAAAUUUUAAUAAUACAUCAAAUACAGCAAAUGGGGGAAAAAGUGAACAGGGAUUUGUUGACAAACAGAAUCUUAAAAUCAUCACCACAUUGAGGCAGUCUUCAAAAAAAUUUUAGCGUAAAGAAAUGACCAAAUAAAAGGGCGAAUAGAUGUAUCAAUUUUUCUUAUCUUAUUCUUAAUUUUUCAUCAAUAUUUUGAAGUAUAUAUUUACGCAUUGAACCAUGGACAGUGAUGAUAUCGGUUUAUCCGCUGAAGCUAUGAAAGCUUUACAAGAAUUUAUGCUUGAACAAACACUUUCAAACAGCACAUCUGAUAAUUUACUCGAAGAAGACUGGGAACUCAGUCAAUUUUGGUAUGAUGAUGAGACAUCUACUUUUCUUGCUACUGCUGCUCUCGAUUCUGUUAAACAUAUCGAAACCAAAAGAAUAGCCUGUGUGUCAAGUCCAUCAGUUUACCAUAAAUUGUUAAAGUUCUGUCCUGAUGCUGAAGGAAUUUAUCUUUUUGAGUAUGAUAAAAGAUUUCAAGAGAAAUAUCCAAAUGGAUUUGUAUUUUACGAUUACAAAUAUCCUGAUAAUGUGGAUAAAAAAUUCAAUUCUUAUUUUGAUGUUGUAGUAGCUGAUCCACCAUUUUUAUCUGAAGAAUGUUUGGAAAAAUUUGCAAAAACUAUUUCCAUACUGACAGACAAGAAAAUAAUUCUGUGUACAGGUGCAGUUAUGGAAGAAUUAGCUAUGAAGCAUUUAAAUGUCCAUCCUAGUUCUUUUAUACCCAAGCAUAAAAGGAAAUUAGGCAAUGAAUUUAGAUGUUAUGUAAAUUUUAAUUUUGAAAAUAGCAUUUGUAGUCAAAGUUUUACACCUUUCGCAGCAAAAGAUAAUAAUUUUGAGUUAUAUGAUUUCUAA